UUUUUUUUUUUUUUUUUUUUUUUCGCAUGAUAGUGUAAAUUUUGCCAAUAAGAUAAAUUGCAAAAUUACUUUCUCGUAUUUGGGUCAACUGACACCCUUACCCUCUAUUUUCAAAAAUUGUUGCCUUACUCCCCAACUAGUCCCAACGUAUACAAUAAAUACCCAACAUCCAACGUAAAUAACUUAUACAAUAUUAUAUCAUCAUUUUCAACAACUACAAACAACAGUGUCGGCGGGAAUAGGUCAGACACUUUAUUGGGCUAAAUGGGCGGCAAAGGAAUAGUGCCAGGCAGCUGCCUGGCACUCCUCUAUUGGCCUAACAAAUUUAUGAUUUUAUCGCGUUUUAAGAUUACGAUUUUGCCAUCAGUUCAAAAUUAUGUUUUUGCCCCCACUAAAAAAUAAAUUUACGCUUUCGCUCCCAGCUAAAUAUUUCAAUUUUGCCCCCGGUUUAAAAUUACGAUUUUGCCCCGUUUCAAUUUACAGUUUUGCCAUUAGUUUUUUUUCCCUUAAAAUUACGAUUUUCCCAUCAGUUCAAAAUUACGAUUUUGCCCCGUAUAAAUUUAUAAUUUUGCCAUUAGUUUUUUUUCUCACAGCCAAGUUAUGAUUUUGUCCUCAACUUAAAUUUACAUUUUGACCAUCAUUUUUGUUUGUUUUCCCGGUGAAAUUACAAUUUUACCCCCAGUGUAAAAUUACAGUCGUGCCGGCAGCUUCCUGACACUCCCCCGUUGGUCCAUUUAAUUUACGAUUUAUCCCCGAAUUAAAAUUAUGAUUUCGCCGUCAGUUAAAAAUUACGUUUUUCCCAUCGUUUUAGUUUUUUAGCAAAUCUAUAAAGGUUUUUUUUUGUUUUAAUUGGUUUACUCGAUUUAAUUUUUUUUCGUGUCAAGGAGCUGCCUAACACUGGCUCAUUAGUCCUGAAAAAUUACAGUUUUGCCCUGAGCCCAAAAUUACGGUCUUAUCAUCAUUUUUGUUUUUUUUUCCUAGCAAAAUUAUGGUAGUCUUUUUUAAUUGAUUGAGAAUUAUUCGGCCAUCGCCACGCAACGCGGGCGGCGCAUCAACUGGUUAUUAUUUAAAUCCUUAGAUUUCAUCAUAAUAUAAUAUAAUAUAAUAUAAUAUAAUAUUAAAAUUAAUAUUCUAAAACCCUAGCAAGAGAGAAGGGGUGGGCAUGACUCCUAUAUAUACAAACCGGACCCACGACCACAACCCCUGCAUCAAUCAAAGGUAGCUUAACAUUUCAGCCAAGUAGACACCGUACGCCGGCGAAACCACAAACCAGAUGGAUCCAGACGCUCUGUCCAAGCAUUUCGUCGAACAUUACUACUCCACCUUCGACACCAAUCGAUCCGGUCUAGCUAACCUCUACCAAGAAGCCUCCAUGUUGACUUUUGAAGGUCAAAAGAUCCAAGGCUCCCAGAACAUCGUCAACAAGCUCACAUCCCUCCCCUUCCAGCAGUGCAAACACACCAUCACCACCGUCGAUUGCCAGCCCUCUGGACCUGCUGGCGGUAUGCUCGUCUUUGUUAGUGGGAAUUUGCAGCUUUCUGGUGAACAACACACUCUUAAGUUCAGUCAGAUGUUCCAUUUGAUGCCUACGCCACAAGGAAGCUUUUAUGUGUACAAUGACAUAUUCCGUCUGAACUAUGCUUGAGCUCAUCUAUAACUAAAAUGCCGUCGGAAGUCCAAACAAGAACAUGCUUGUUUUUCUUAGUUUUGGUGUUAAAACAUUUGAAUGCUUUUCAUUUCCUUGAGAACAUGUUUCUUUCUUAAAAAAGUCAUGUUUGAUUCCCGCAAUUGGUUGUACAUUACAUCUUAAAUGUUGAAUCCGAGUGAUUUUAUUACUA